AUGUGUGAUAACGAUUUGUGUCCAUCGUGGUUACAUUGUAAUAAAUGUUUUAAAACAAAACAAGAUCACAAAAUCGAACAAUUUUUCUUUGGAAACUGUCAUCAUAUAUUUUGUCAAGAUUGUUUAAAACAAUUGACACCGCCAAUUUGCAUCAUUUGUAGACGUUCAAUUAAAAUUAUUCCUAUUGAAAAUGAUAUAUUAUCCAGUUCAUUCAAACAUUUAUUCAUGGAUCCAACUGAAUUAUUGAAUAAUAUAAAUGCUGACGUUAAAAAAGAAGCAGACAACAUACAUUUGGAUAAGUUUAAAAAAAUACUUCUAACAAAUGCAUUUCAACAUAAUAAUAUUCAUGAAUUAAAUCAUAGUUAUUCUGAUCAAAUUGAAAAAGCAAAUUAUGUACAACAAUUAUGGUUAGAAGAACAACGAUUACAAAAUCAAUAUGAAAUAUUGAUAAAAAUUGCACAAGAAUAUGAUCAACAGUCAUCAUCAUUAGCGCAAGAAAAUCAGCAACAAACGAUGACUAAUUUAACUCCAUCGUCUACACAAAUACAACAGACAAUGUUCAAUACUUCAUUAUCUCUUCAAAAUCCGUCAAGCAUUCAAGAACAACACACAACGAUGCUCAAUCCCUCUUUAAUACAACAGUCAACAUUGUCUCAACAACACAUUGAAUCAAUUUAUUCUAAAAUUCGUCCAGGAAUUAUUUUAGAAACCAGAUCUCGGUCUUCUUCCACUUCAACAACACCAGCAAAUUGA